CACAGCACCAAUCACAGCUGCACACAAUUAAAUCAAACAAAACUAAAUUAAACUGCACUAAACAACUACCGGAAAAGAUGGUUUUACAUCUGACGUUAAAUUAAAGUCUAAAUCAUUACAUGAGUUUAUGUGACAGCAGGAAAAAUGCAAUGACCCUGACCAGAUAGAGCAGAAGUGAGUCAGAAGGCUGAAGUUUUCUCCUCAGACACAUUUCACUCCUCAGAGCAACAUCUCAUGUCGUGCGAGAAGUGGCGCAGCCCCUCAGCUCAGCGUAAGUUGCGCAGGCCGGUCAAACUUUUAGUGCACUCACGCUUUCAUGUAUUCAGACUUGUGAAAUAACUUUGUCAUAACUCUUUGACUGCACAGGAAAAGUUGCCCAAGCAAACUAUGCGCGCUGAUUGCCCAACUCCUUCGGCGGAAAAGGACCCAGUCGGGAUGCAGUCGAAAACAGAGCUCCAGACUGGCCAUCGUGGUGAAGGUGUUUGUAAGAAAGGAUGCGGGCUCCUGCUGUCCCGUGAGGAUAUUAACAAAGGGGACCACUGUUGUGUGGACUCGCUCCGCACUGUCACCGAUGCGCUGGAAGAAAGAAGCGCAACUUUGGAGCAUGAAAACCGGAUGGCGAGGCUCAGGUGGAACAGGAGGGAGCAGUCCCUGGUAGCCCAGGUGUCAAGUCUGCAAAAAGAGGCCAGGCUAUCGGCUCUCAAGUACCAACGGAGACUGCACCAAUACAUGCUGCACAUCAGCAGCAUUGCAGAGCAGGUCACUGGGUACUACAAGAGAGAUGUGAGAACAGCUGCUGACACGCAGAGCCAGACAUCAGAUGUAGCAACAUGUGCAGAGGGAAUGCCACAGGAGCAGCUCAACGCACCUGAGGUGAAUGGGAAAGACUUGUCCAAGUCCAACCAUGAGGAGACCGCGGAGGCCUUUCGGGCUUCCAAGGACCCCGUCGUGGUGCAGGUCAUCAGGCGGACCCCCAGCGGCCGCCCCCAUGGCCCCCCUCAGGAAAUCCAUGUGGUGGAUGUGUGCACUCAGACCGACAUCACCUUUGAACACAUCAUGGCGCUGGCAAAGCUCCGGCCUUCGACCCCUCCUGUGCCUGACGUCUGUCCAUUUCUGCUCUCUGACAGCUGUCAUUCUCUCCAUACAAUGGACCAGGAUUACUAUGAAGGGACAGGUUACCUCUCCCCUGUACCGGCUGAUGGAGAGAGGACAGAGGAGUUUGAGUAUGAGGAAGUGGAAUUGUGUCGACUCAACAACCAAGAGAAGUUGGGGCUAACUCUGUGCUACAGAACAGAUGAAGAGGAGGAUGUGGCCAUCUAUGUCAGUGAGAUCAGUCCAAACAGCAUCGCUGCCAGAGAUGGCCGCAUCAGAGAGGGGGAUCGCAUUUUACAGAUUAAUGGCCAAGAUGUACAAGACAGAGAGGAAGCAAUGGCUGCACUCUCCAAUGACGAGAGUAGGAACAUCGUACUGCUGGUUGCCAGACCGGAGAUGCAGCUGGAGGAGGCCUGGUUGGAUGAUGAGCACAGUGAGUUCCUGGAGCAGCUGAAGAUGGAAAUGUUGGAGGAGCAGCAGAGAGAGGAGAUGGAAUUGGCUGCCUUACAGGAGGAGCAGGAGAAUGAGCAGAGAGCAGAAGACGACGAGCCCACCUGCUCCACACUCCCUUAUCAGAAAGAUAGCGUACUGAGUAUAAAAGACAGAAUGGAGAGCUCAGAGCAUAAUGUCCUGGCACACAUACAGAGACGCUUGUCCCAGUGCCUGAGAGAAAAUCGGGACACACACCUUGCCACCGGCUCCAUGCUGCUGGAGGACAAAGAGGAUGAGGACGAUGAUGAGACGAAUGGUGAUCGUUUCCAGCAGCUCUUGGAGCUGAAGUGUCAGAUACGUAACAGCGGGGAGUACGAUUUGUUCUACAGCCGCCGCAGCACCAUUGAGUGCAACAUGGGAGAGCAGGGCGGCGUACAGCAUGAGCUACGUAUGCUCAAUGAGGAACUGCGCAGCAUCGAACUAGAAUGUCAGAACAUUAUGCAGGCCCAUAACCUCCGUAAGGGCCAGCAGUCUCCCUCCACGGGCCACUCUGCACUCUCAACCAAAGACCAAAGCUUUCGUCAAAGUGACCCCUCUAGGGGUAAGCUGGCUGACAUUAACGAGAGGCUGGAGAAAUCAGACAAGGACAGCUCCAGUGCCUAUAACACGGCGGAGAGUUCACGAAGUACUCCUUUGGCAAUGGACCGCUCGCCGGAGCACUCACUCCAGAGGAUGGUUAGUCUCACCAACCAGAGGAAUCUCCGCAGCGGCCUUGCUAUUGGGCCUUCUCUUAGCCCAAGCCCCAUCCCAGCAUGCCUUGCUUCAGCCCCAGGGGAAAGCAGCAGCCAUGACAACAACGCUCCUUCUGAGUCGAAGCAGACAACUCAGGCUGAGGAGGAGAGCAGGGGCAAAUUAAAGCCAUGUGCUUCCCAUAUUCCUUAUUUCUCUCCAUCCCACAGUUCCCAGCAGAGGCAGGUCAACAUCCCAGCACAUGCCCGCCACUACCAGAGCUACAUGCAGCUCAUCCAGCAGCGUUCAGCUGUGGAGUACGCUCAGAGCCAGCUCAGCCUGCUCAGUGUCUGCAAAGAGCCUCAGAGGCCCAAUAAUGAGCCCAAGAUGGAGUGGAAGGUCAAGAUCCGCAGUGACGGCACACGCUACAUCACCAAGAGGCCUGUGAGAGACAAGAUCCUAAGGGAGCGAGCCCUUAAGAUUAAAGAGGAGCGUAGUGGGGGGAUGACCACUGAUGAUGAUGCAAUGAGUGAAAUGAAGAUGGGGAGGUACUGGAGUAAAGAGGAAAGAAAGCAGCACCUGGUCAGAGCAAAAGAACAGAGGAAAAGACGAGAGUUCAUGCAGCGUAGUCGGCUGGAAAGCUUGAAGGAGAACCCUCAGAGCAGCAGCGAGGGUCGCAAGGAAGUCAGCAUUAUAGAGCUCAGCCAGAAGAAGAUGAUGAAGAAACGCAACAAGAAGAUCCUGGACAACUGGAUGACCAUUCAGGAACUGAUGACUCAUGGUACUAAGGCCCCUGAGGGAGCCAAGGUGCACAAUGCCUUCCUAUCAGUCACUACUGUAUAAAAGA